CCGCUUCAGUUGUGGACGCCGCUUGCAAUGUCGCGCGACCGCCAGCAGGGGCGCCGUUGUCUGCUUGAAUAGCCAUAAGCGGGGGAGAGGUGCAUGAAAUGGAGAAAAAUGGCGGAUCAUGUGCAGGGCCUCGCCCAGCUAGAGAUCCUGUGCAAGCAGCUGUAUGAGACCACGGACACCACCGUGCGGCACCAGGCUGAGAAGGCCCUGGUGGAGUUCACCAACAGUCCAGACUGCCUCAGCAAGUGUCAGCUGUUGCUGGAAAGAGGAAGUUCGUCGUACUCUCAGCUGCUGGCCGCCACCUGCUUGUCCAAACUGGUGUCUCGGACCAGCAACCCAUUGCCUCUCGAACAACGCAUCGACAUCCGGAACUAUGUGCUGAACUACCUGGCCACGCGGCCCAAGUUGGCCGCCUUCGUGACGCAGGCACUCAUCCAGCUGUAUGCCCGGAUCACCAAGCUGGGCUGGUUCGACUCUCAGAAGGACGACUUCGUCUUCAGGAAUGUCAUCGCCGACGUUACGCGCUUCCUACAGGACAGCGUGGAGCACUGCAUCAUCGGCGUCACCAUCCUCUCCCAGUUGACCAACGAGAUCAACCAGGUAAGGGCGGCGAAUCUCGCCGAACCUCGCUCAAUGCCGCACGUGCAAAUCGUUCACUGCCGUGCCUCAUUUCCACAGGCGGACACGACGCACCCGCUGACCAAACACAGAAAGAUAGCGUCGUCCUUCCGAGACUCCUCCCUCUUUGACAUCUUCACGCUCUCCUGCAACCUCCUCAAACAGGCGUCCGGGAAGAACCUCAACCUGAAUGAUGAGUCCCAGCAUGGCCUCCUCAUGCAGCUGCUCAAGCUGAGCUACAACUGCCUCAACUACGACUUCAUCGGAACGUCCACCGACGAGUCCUCAGACGACCUCUGCACCGUGCAGAUCCCGACGUCGUGGCGAUCAGCGUUCCUGGACUCUUCCACCCUGCAGCUCUUUUUCAACUUGUAUCAUUCCAUACCGCCAUCGCUCUCCCCAUUGGUGUUGUCAUGUCUAGUCCAGAUAGCUUCUGUCAGGAGGUCCCUCUUCAACAAUGCGGAGAGAGCAAAGUUCCUCUCACACCUGGUGGACGGAGUGAAGAGAAUACUGGCCAACCCUCAGUGUCUGCCCGACCCAAACAACUACCAUGAGUUCUGUCGGCUCUUGGCGAGGCUGAAGAGCAACUACCAGCUGGGCGAGCUGGUUAAAGUGGAGAACUACCCUGAAGUCAUCCGCCUCAUCGCCAACUUCACCGUCACCAGUUUGCAGCACUGGGAGUUUGCACCCAACAGCGUCCACUACCUGCUCAGUCUGUGGCAGCGUCUGGCGGCGUCCGUCCCUUACGUCAAAGCCACAGAGCCACACCUGCUGGAGACCUACACCCCCGAAGUCACCAAGGCCUACAUCACAUCCCGACUGGAGUCGGUCCACGUCAUCCUCAGAGAUGGCCUGGAGGACCCGCUUGAUGACGCUGGGCUGGUGCAGCAGCAGUUGGACCAGCUGUCCACCAUCGGCAGGUGUGAGUACGAGAAGACGUGUGCUCUUCUGGUCCAGCUCUUCGACCAGGCGGCACAGAGCUACCAGGAGCUGCUGCAGUCCACCAACUCCAGCGCCGCCGACAUCACUGUGCAGGAGGGUCGUUUGACGUGGUUGGUUUACAUCAUCGGGGCUGUGAUCGGCGGCCGGGUGUCAUUUGCCAGUACUGACGAGCAAGACGCCAUGGACGGCGAGUUAGUGUGUCGGGUUCUGCAGUUAAUGAACCUGACAGACUCACGGCUGGCCCAGGCAGGAAACGAGAGGCUGGAGCUCGCCAUGCUCAGCUUCUUCGAGCAGUUCAGAAAGAUCUACAUUGGCGACCAGGUGCAGAAAUCCUCCAAGCUUUAUCGUCGACUUUCGGAAGUUCUUGGCUUAAAUGACGAGACGAUGGUUCUGAGCGUCUUCAUUGGGAAAAUCAUCACAAACUUGAAGUACUGGGGCCAAUGUGAACCCAUCACCUCCAAGACCCUCCAGCUGCUCAACGAUCUUUCUUUAGGGUACAGUAGUGUCAGGAAGUUGGUGAAGCUCAGUGCGGUCCAGUUCAUGCUCAACAAUCACACGAGCGAGCACUUCUCCUUUCUGGGUGUCAACAACCAGUCAAACUUGAGCGACAUGAGAUGUCGUACCACUUUCUACACGGCACUGGGGCGCCUCCUCAUGGUGGAUCUGGGUGAAGAUGAGGAGCAGUUUGAACAGUUCAUGCUUCCCCUGACGGUGGCCUUUGAAGCCGUGGCCCAGAUGUUGAGCACUAGCACCUUCAACGAGCAGGAGGCCAAGAGAACUUUGGUGGGUUUGGUGCGAGAUUUACGAGGUAUCGCGUUCGCCUUUAAUGCCAAGACCAGCUUCAUGAUGCUUUUUGACUGGAUAUACCCAGCCUACAUGCCCAUCCUGCAGCGGGCCAUCGAGCUGUGGUACCACGACCCGGCAUGCACCACGCCUGUGCUCAAACUCAUGGCUGAGCUGGUUCACAACAGAUCUCAGCGGCUCCAGUUCGACGUGUCGUCGCCAAACGGCAUCCUGCUUUUCCGAGAAACCAGCAAGAUGAUCACAACCUACGGCAAUCGCAUCCUGACGCUGGGCGACGUCCCGAAGGACCAGGUGUACAGCGUGAAGCUGAAAGGGGUCAGCGUGUGCUUCGCCAUGCUGAAGGCGGUGCUCAGCGGGAACUACGUCAACUUCGGCGUGUUCCGUCUCUACGGCGACGACGCCCUGGACAACGCCUUACAGACCUUCAUCAAGCUGCUGCUGUCUAUCCCUCACAGCGACCUGCUGGACUAUCCCAAACUCAGCCAGUCCUUCUACUCCCUGUUGGAGGUUCUGACCCAGGACCACAUGAACUUUAUCGCCAGCCUGGAGCCUCACAUGGUCAUGUACAUCCUGUCGUCCAUAUCCGAGGGCCUCACCGCGCUUGACACCAUGGUGUGCACGGGCUGCUGCUCCAGUCUGGACCACAUCGUCACCUACCUGUUUAAGCAGCUGUCCCGCUCCACCAAGAAGCGUCCCACCCCCAUGGCCACGGACGACCGCUUCCUGCACAUCAUGCAGCAGCACCCGGAGAUGAUCCAACAGAUGCUGUCCACGGUCCUGAACAUCAUCAUCUUUGAGGACUGCCGAAACCAGUGGUCCAUGUCCCGACCCCUCUUAGGCCUCAUCCUCCUCAACGAGAAGUACUUUGCCGACCUGAGGAACAGCAUCGUCAACAGCCAGCCUCCAGAGAAGCAGCAGGCCAUGCACUUGUGUUUUGAGAACCUCAUGGAAGGAAUCGAACUCAACCUCCUUACCAAGAACAGAGACAGGUUCACUCAGAACUUGUCGGUGUUCCGGCGGGAGGUCAACGACAGCAUGAAGAACUCUACGUACGGCGUCAACAGCAACGACAUGAUGAGCUGACAUUCCACGCGGCCGAGUCCUACCCAGCAGCAGAUGGAGUACCGCGGCCCGCCCCCGCACGACCCCCGCCUCGUGCCCCCCACCCCACAGGUUCAUUGAUAAUAUUCAGCCAAUAAGCGCCUGUGUCACAUCACCCCGCCCCCUCCUUUUUGAUAUGAGCAUAUAUAAAUAUAUACAGAUCUAUUUUAACGCCAGUCAGCUUCGGUUGCACGAGGAAGAUUGGGGAGGGAGGGGGGGUGGCGUGUGGCAGCAGCGGGUCGGGACGGGGCGAGGGUCGGACGUAGUCAUCUGCUUCUGCCUGCCUUGUAUAGAAAAGGACACAAGUGUACAUUUUGUUUGGUAACAUUUUCCACAAUGUUUCUAUGAUGCGUGAUUGAGCUUUUUACGGCGUAGGACUUAGCCGGCGGAGUCGGUCCCUGGCCACCGGGUUCAAAGUGAAGUAGAAACCAAAACGGCCAGUCUCGGAGGAUCACACGGCUACUUCCUGUAGCUCUCACUGACCCUUUUACCAGCGCCUCCCACCACCGGGGGAGGGGGCGUGGGGUGCAGCUCAGCUCACUUCCAAACCCUCUCGCAAGAUCCCGAUGGCGCUUUGUGGACCCGUGGAGCGUCUCGACUGAUCGGAGCGCUGCUUCCACCGUUUUUACUUUCUGGAUUCCUCGGAGCGGGUUGUGGUCAUUUUUGGUGUGUGUGAGCGUGCGUGUGUGUGUGUGUGUGUGUGUGUGUGUGUGUGUAUGCCCCGUGACGGCAACACUAGCGCCCCCUGGAGGAAGUCGGUCUAGUGGCAGGAAGGUCGUCGGGCGUUCACGGUGCGCGGUUCCCGCCUGGUGGGUGUUUACUUCCUGGUUUGUGACUGAAUGUGUUUGGAAGUCUGCUCGUGUAGUGUCAGCAUUGUGACUGCAAAUAAACCUCAUCAUUUUUACUA